AUGUCUUGCUCCGCCCUCUCAUCCGUCUCCGCGGCAGGGCUGUCGCCUGAUGACGCGUCUGUGGCGCACAUCCAUUUCAUCGGGCUGGACGUCGAUGAGAGCGGCGUGCCCUACAUGGCCUCCAUCCCUGUGCACAAGGUGACUGUCGUGGCCCUUGACCCCCGCGGCGACGUGCUGCUGGCCUACGAGAUGAACGGCGCCCCCAUCCCCCGGGACCACGGCGGCCCGCUGCGCGCGGUGGUGCCUGGGGUGGUGGGCGCGCGCAACGUCAAGUGGCUCGGCCGCGUGGUGGCAAGCAACGAGGAGUCCCAGGGCUUCUGGCAGCAGAACGACUACAAGGCCUUCUCACCCGGCACUGACUGGGACAACCUGGACUGGAAGAGCGCCCCAGCCAUCCAGGGGUUGAAUGUCGUGUCGGCCAUCUGCCUGCCAGCCAAGGGGGAGGAGGUCAGCCUGGAGGAGGGCGAGAUCACGGUCAAGGGUUACGCAUGGAGCGGCGGCGGCAGCGACAUUGUGCGCGUGGACGUGUCUCUGGACGGCGGCAAGACCUGGGCGCCCGCAGAGCUGACCAAGCCGCCCACGAACUCGUCCGGCCGUGCGUGGGCAAAGACGCUGUACUCGCUGACUCAGCGGCUGCCGGAGGGCGUGGAAGCCGGCGGGAAGCUGGAGGUGGUGGUCAAGGCGACGGACGAGAACUACAACACGCAGCCGGAGUCGGCGGGGCCCGUGUGGAAUGCGCGGGGGGUGGUCAACAAUUCUUGGCACCGGGUGCAGGUCAAUGUCGUGUAA